AUGGGGACGGCGUACGAGCCCGUAUUCAACUACAAUGCGACUGCUGGCGUGGGUCAAUUCAACGGAUCCUAUGCUCGCGACUACAUUGGAAACCUGCAGAAUAAUGCACCAGGAUAUCCGUACUCAAUUGUUCCGUAUUGGAUUCAGGCAACUGUCAACGAUCUUAUCAUCAGCCCCUUGCAUUCGGUCGCUAGCAAGCCAGUACCUGUCGCCGCAUGCGCUGCGCAUGGCUCCAGCUGCGACUCUUAUUUACUUCCAGGAGGGCUGCUGAGUUCAAGUCCGUGGCCUCCUACUGACCAUCCAUCAGCGACUGUCAUCAGAUUUUCCAAUGCUCCAUCAAUACAAUUCGACUUUUACAAAGAAACCGGCCAAGGCAUCCAAUUCAGGGAUGGCGACUGCAGUAUAUAUGGAAACCGAACCUCCUUGAUCGGCAUCAAGUUUUGCAUCUCGGAGAGCCAGGCUUUUGAGGGCUCAUUCAGUGCUGGCCUCUACGUCUGUCCUGGUGGUGGAUGGGACAAUGCAUGCCGUCUGGGGGAUGCACAGUUCUAUCCCAACCUUACAACAACCUUUUCGGUCUUUAGCCGCAGCUCUACUUUUGUUGCUGCCCGAUCUAACAUGAGUAUUCUAUCCGUGACCUCUUUAGGGUCACCCACUCAGAAUCCCGCUCUUGACCUGGCGGGUUUCCGAUUCGCGAUAGACUGGAUCCUCGAUUACAGCGCUGCCAAUAUCCCCAGCCCAACCUCAAUUGCAGAACAGUUCUUCGUCAGCCAAAGGCAACUCCAGAGUAUCUUUUGGUCACCUGUAGUGGUCCAGCAUUUCUACAGCAUUAUUGCUUUCCCCUUUUGGUCUUUCAACGCCAACAAUUUCGGGAGCAUGGAGGAAUCGGGGACGGGGAUCACGCCAAACCUCCCCGAGGAAUUCUACGUUACGGCAUCAGUCUCCGUGCCACACAGCAAGAUUGUCAUCAGCACGGCCAUGUUUUCGAUAUUCCUCACCCUCCAGGUCAUUCUUCAUCUGUUCAUCUGGGGUGUGUUUGCGUGGCUUUGCAUCAAGCGUCCUCUUCUUCCUGCCAUCACCUCUUACCCGCUUUUUGAUUUCGCGUUCAAGACCACCUGUAAGCCCGUGAGGCUUAGGGAAACCCAACAUUAUUAUCACCUAUCUCCGCCAAGCACUUUACCGACUGGGAGACUAGGAGCGAGCGACGGAGAUGUGCUGUCGAUUCUGGAGAACUGCACGCAUACUCUCCGCUCGGAUGACGAUCUCGUGCGUUUGGAGGAUCAGAAUCAGCAGAGGCUGGCGCCUGCCACUCCCCUGACCACCAGGUAG